CUGUCGUCCGUCUGUGCUGCCGGACAGCGAGAACAGGAGCAACAAUAUAUAUAUAUAUACAUUUUACAUACCACUUUAUUUUACCACCACCACCAACAUAGUAUCAACAUAGUAGGAGGCUGGUGUCGCCUUGACCAUUAGCGCUUCUAACUACCCGUCCACCUGCUGCGGAGCAAAGGUCGGACACACUGACUGACUGCUGUUUAGGACAUUUGGAGAGAUACUUGUUGAUUGUUUGCGGUGAAAUAGUGGCACCUUGAUUCAGUGUUUUUGGAGUGAAACGAAAAAGCAACAACAAGUUUGGUUCACCUUUUAGUCAACAGUGUGCGUCCGUAGAAGAGAGAAAGAGAGCAGUGACUGAGCUUGUACAGCGUUGUGUAGCCUCCCUUCUUCUCUGGUGGAUGUCUUAGACCAUGAGUAUCCUGGGACCGCCGAUGAGGCAGGCCAAUGGGCUGGCCAGAUCUGACAGCAAGAUGAGUGCCAAGGCUCUAUACGAGCAACGGAAGAAAUACUCCAACUCCAAUGUUAUCAUGCAGGAGACGUCUCAGUACCAUGUGGAGCACCUGUCCACCUUCAUGAUGGACAAGACAGAGUCCAUCGCUACAGUGGACGAUGCCAUUAAGAAACUGGGCCUGCUGGACUCUAAAGACAAAAUCUGGACCCAGGAGAUGCUGCUUCAGGUCAGCGACAAGGCUGUACGUCUACUGGACGUUGAUACACAGGAAGAGUUGGAGAACUUCCCUCUGCCUACGAUCCACCACUGCCAGACAGUGUUGAAUCAGACCAGGUAUCCCUCUGUCCUACUGCUGGUGUGUCAAGACAACGAACAGCACCGACCUGACAUACACUUCUUCCACUGUGACGAGGUUGAGGCAGAGAUGGUCCAUGCAGACAUCGACAGUGCUCUGGGUGACAGCAAACAUGGGAAGAAGAUGCGACCACAGACCUUGAAGGUGAACCAGGAGAAGAUUAAGCGCCACAGAGAGUCCAUCCUCCCUCCCUCCUCGGCCCCCAAGGGCCCGGCCCCAGGAGGCAAGGGCCGUGUGGCUGCCAUGAACAUGCAGGAUGUGGAGAGGCGAGGUUCGGCCCAGCAGGACCCAGAGUCCCAUGACAAGCUGGUCCAGCGCGUUGAGAAGGACGUGCAAAUCCUGAACUGUGCCCUGGAUGACAUUGAGGUCUUUGUGGCUCGGCUGCAGAAGGCUGCGGAGGCGUUCUCUCAGCUCAACCAGCGCAACAAGAGUAAGAAGAUUAAGAAGAAAGGACCAGCAGAGGGAAUGCUGACCCUGAGAGCUAAGCCCCCCUCUGAGGCAGAGUUCAUUGAUAGCCUACAGAAACUUAAGCUGGCUUUCAACCUACUGGCCAAACUGAAGAAGCACAUCCAGAACCCCAGCGCUUCUGAACUUGUGCACUUCCUCUUCGGCCCCCUGGACCUGGUGCUCCGGUCCUGUGGCAGUCCAGAGCUUCCCCGCUCCGUGGUCUCCCCUCACUUAUCCAGAGAUGCAGUAGACUUCCUGAGAGGUCAUCUGUCGCCUAAAGAGAUGACUGUCUUUGAACUGCUGGGAGACGGGUGGACAAGACCUAGAGCGGACUGGCCGCGGGACAAGUGUGCUCCUACCUACCUCCCUAAGUUCAGGAACGGGUGGGAGCCCCCAGCUGAGCUGUUCAGGACCUCCCCGUGGGAGACAGAGGGAUCAGUGGAACCCCCCAUGUCCUUCAUGUCCUCCAUGUCCAACCCCCUGCCCCCCCACAAGUCAGACGAGUUUUUUGGAACACAGUCUUCAAGCUCAUCAAAUGGGUCCUACAACGGUCUGGCGUCCUCGUCCCGUAAAUAUGCUAAGAUCUGCUACCACUUUGUGGCCCGCAACGCCAGCGAACUGUCAGUACUGCAAGACGAGGUCCUAGAGGUGUUGGAGGACGACAGGCAGUGGUGGAAACUGAGGAACAGGAGCGGCCAGUCAGGAUACGUCCCCGCCAACGUACUGGACGUGGUGAAACUGGAGGAACCAUAUGGCAUGGCUGAUCCCCUCUAUAGCCAGGCUAGCCAGCCCUACAGCCCCACCUCUCCCUCCAGCUCUCUAGGAAGAGGGGAGAGCUUUGACAUGGGCCGCUCCAAAGACUCUCGGACACACCAGAUGGAUGAGGUGAAUGAUGAGUUGUUGAAGAGGAUCACUAGUAAUAAGUCUCAGCUUCCAGCCCGUAACUUCAGGGUGGAGCGUCCCUCAGGCAGUAGCUCCGCUCCCCUCACUUUCAGCUCCAGCCCACCACAGGUCACCGCCUGGCUCAACACCAAGGGAUUCACUAAACCGACGGUGGAGUGUCUGGGGAUCCUGACCGGUGCUCAGCUCUUCUCUCUGAACAAGGAGGAACUGAAGGCAGUGUGUGGAGACGAGGGCUCCAGGGUCUACAGCCAGACCACCGUGCAGAAAGCCCAGCUGGAGAAGAGCAAUGGAGAUUCAGAGCUCCAGGAGAUCAUGAGACGACGACAAGAGAAGAUCGAUGCCGGCAAGGACUGAUCUGGGCAUGCUCACUGAUUGUCAACCAAUCACAGCCCAGCGUGGCUGGUCACCAUAACAACCCUCUCCAGUACUAACCAACCAUAAGCCUUCCCCUCCCAAAGCGCCUACCCUUUCACAAACCAACGGCUUUUUAUCAGGCAAUUGACAUUUAAAUAUUGGCAUGUACUAUAAAUGUUGUUAUAUACAUUUUUUAAAUUGUAUAUUUAUUUUUAUUGUUUGUGUAUGUUUACUUUUUCCUCUGGAAAUGAACUGUUGCUUUGUCUGACACUAACCACGUUUCCAUCCAACCAUUUCAUGCGGAUGAAUUACCUGAGUCACGACCUGGCUGAUGGAAACAUUAAAUACUGGUACAAUUUUAUAAAUGCCAACAGACAAUUUGUUCAUUCGACAUGGUGGGAUCUUUUUUGUGUCGGUAAAAUUAAUUAUGCGAGAAAUGGCGGUGGAAAUGCCUUUAUGCGGAAAUGUUGAUAUAAUAACCAUAUCGAAGUCAACAUGUAGUCGAUGGUAUGUAGUGUGGUCCUCCCACUACAACUCGUGAAAGCAUGCCGUUUAUUAGGCUACAGAUGAAAUCGUUUACGAUGAACUUC